CUUGUUUUGAUGAACACAUGAACUGUGAAUUGAAUUUAUUAUAUCGGUAGUGCAUGCAUUUGCACCGCGACGCACGGAAAGUUUAUAGAGAAACCUUGCUUUAGUAACCAUGGAUUCAGAAACUUUUUUUGUUGAUUUACCAAAAGUUGAGUUGCAUGCUCACUUGAAUGGGUCUUUAAGUCCGGCUACGAUGCUACAACUAAAGAGAUAUCACGCCGAUUCUGGUUUAGAAGAUAAAACAAAUGCUUUCUUUGAUGAAUUUCAAAUUGGCGCCGGUGACUCGAGAAACUUGACGGAUUGCUUCCAAGUGUUCAGCAUCGCACAUUCUUUGACAAGUACCCCUGAAACACUGGCUCUGGCUACAAGCCUCACCCUUCAGGAGUUUCAAGAUGACGGCUGCUGUUAUCUUGAACUCAGAAGUACACCAAGAGACACACCACAGAUGACCAAAUUGCAGUACAUUGAAACACUUGUUCAGGCUAUACAAAAAUCAUCUUUACAUCUCACCAUGAUAACUCGGCUCAUAGUUUCAAUCAAUAGAAGGUCACCCUUAGAGGAGGCGGAACAAAUAGCUGAUCUAGCCAUAGAAUAUUACAAAAAAUACCCAGAUGUGAUAGUGGGUAUUGAAUUAAGUGGUGACCCCAUGGCUGGAGUUUUUCAAGAAUUUGUUCCAGCAUUAUUAAAGGCAAAGGAAGCAGGAUUGAAGGUAACAUUACACUGUGGUGAGGUUUGCAACCCAGAGGAAGUAAUGGAAAUGCUGAAAUUCAAACCUGACAGAAUCGGUCAUGGUAUUUGUAUUCAUCCAAAAUAUGGAGGAACUGAAGAAACUUGGUCAACCCUUUGUAAACUUAAAAUACCUGUUGAGGUGUGCCUAACAAGCAAUGUUAAUACCAAGUCAGUCCCGGACUAUGAUUCGCACCACUUCAAACUACUUUACGAUGCAGAAAUACCCGUUAUAAUAUGCACGGAUGACAAAGGAGUUUUCGCAACAUCUCUAUCACGAGAAUACCAAAUAUGUGUGAACACAUUUUCUCUUACAUCCUAUCAGACUGCGAGAUUGGCCCUGAACGCUUGUCAAUAUGUUUUUGCCGAUAAUGUUCGUAAAACGCUCAACGACAAAUUACUCAAUUUUAUUGAUAAAAAUUCUCUGUGAUUUUGGCUUUUGAUUGUUUUGUAAUAGUACAGGGUAUUAAAGAAAUACAUUUUAAAUAA